AUGCAGAUUCCUUUUUCGUCAAAUAUUGUCGUGUUGAAUGUCAAGGACUGCUGCAAAUUCCGCGUAUUGGAUUUUGAAUCAGUCGUCAAUAAAUGCCAUUCUUUGGAGCAGUUCUCGUUAGACUUGAUAGAAGAUAUUUCAUGCCUUUCGGAAUAUAUAGACAAAAGUUCAACGCUUCGAGAAGGACUGAAGCGACCAUUAAAAUUUUUGAUGAUUCGAUGGAGAGCAACUCUUCCAGGGGGAAGCAAUGUAGAACGUAGUCGAGAGUUCUUGAGCAAAUUUGUCCGGUAUUCGGAGCUUGAGCUCUUUGUGUCUAUCAUAGCUAAACGAAAAUAUGAUAAUCCCUCGGCUGCGUGUCCCAGAGAACUUGGUGGAGAAAACCCUAUCGUUUACUGCACUCCGACGAAUAGCUACUGUUUACCUGGGUUAAAGCGUUUUGUCAUGAACAGCAGAGAGGAUCAAGAAGGCCAAAACUACAAUGACAUGAAAAUCAAGUCGCUUGUUCUUCACGAUCCUGUUUUAAAAGUGGAGGACUCGGAAUUCAUGUGUGUCCCUCGUGGCGACGGAACCGCUAGUAUCGGAGAACUGCCCUUUCCAAUAUAUAAAUCGCUGCAUCUCGACCACGAUAAAAUUCUCUACGAAUCAAUAAGUACCAUUGCGAUGCACUACCAAGAGCUGGAAGUUCUCUCUGUUUGCGACCUACUCCAUUGUAUUAACUUUCACGACUGGGAUUGCCUAGCUGAUCUUCCCAAUUUGACGAGCUUUUCACUACACGAGCACGUGAGAAACAAGAAUUGCGCAUGUGGAUCAAAGGUUGCGGCGUUCAAGGAUAUGUGGGAUGGUCUCAGUGAACUAUUAAAGAACCCGAAUAACAAGUUGAAGAAAAUCAGCUUGCCGAUGGUUCCCAUGUCUGCCGAAACAACGCAAAAAUGUCUCGAUAAUGGUGCUCGAUCUUUAAAAGAAUUAAGAAUAACUGGUGCUAUAAUUGAUCGGCCGAAAAGAGCCGCAGACGGCGCUAGAAAGUACAACUAUUACGUAUUUGAAGACCAAACUCCCUUUCUUUCAUUACAGAAGAUGACCAAUCUGACCCGUCUUGAGCUGCUAGAACUACCGACUGUAGAAACGUCUUGGAUUGGAGCUCUCAAGAAUUGCAAAUGUCUCAAACAAUUGUCCCUCUGUUGGGUUGGUAUUUAUGGCUUGUGGAACUGGAGAUCUGCGCUCGCGGACUUUUUGGAUGACCCACCGGCGCUAGAAGAUUUGAAACUGAAAAAUGAUUGCUUGAAAAUUACCGAGGAAAUGUUUCAGAAGUUCCCAAAAACAUUGCUGCGUCUAUUGAUUUCCUCAAAGAAGAGAUACGACCCUACUUACAUCAAUGAAAAACAAGUCAAUCAAGACGCUGUAAUGAACCCUGCGAAUCUUCUUCAAGUCUGUGAUAUCCUCCCGAAACUCCGACUGCUUCACAUAGAAUCUGGGACUUCUGAAUUCGCUGCUUUGAAAAUCAACAAAGCCGCAUUGGAAAAGAAAAUUGGCGAAAAAGAAAGACUGAUGCGCGUCAUUUUGCGAAAAGUAUUCGACGGGCCUGCAGAAGAUAAAUUGCCAGAAAGAGAUGAUAUUUUUGUUCAAGAUUUUCCUGAGCUUCGCCGUGAAUUACCCGAUAUUCUGCGAGCUUCAACGCCAUUUACGUUCUAG